UGCCGGUGCCGCUGGGGCACAGCGGAGUGAGUGCUGUGGUGGAGGCAGCGGCGGGAUGGGGUUGGCUUCCUGAAGCGGGGCGGGGGAGGGCGGGAGGGGGCUGGUUUUGCAUUUCGGUCCCUCUCCGCCCCCCCCCCCCCCCCCCCCCCCCCCCCCCCCCCCCUCGCCCCCAACCCCCACCCUCCCUCUGCCCCUCUCUCCUAAGUUCGCCGCUCUUACGCGGCCGCUCCGGAGCGGCUGGCUGCGGGCUGUCCCUGCCCUCGCUCCCGGCUCUGCCUGCGGCGGGGCAGGCAGGGACAGUGGGGAAGCCGAGGCGACCCAGGGAGCGGCCCGCCGCCCUCGGGGAGGCUCUGCUUCGGGGAGCAGUAGUGGGGGGAGGCGGCUGGCACAGGCGCUGGGUUCCGCCGCCCGCCCCCCGGCACCGACGCCGUCUGCCCAAGCGCUGGCAGCCCCGGGAGAUGGUGACACAUGAAGCGUACGGGAAGGACCAUGGUUGAAAGGACCAGCAAGUUCUUGCUGAUCGUGGCCGUCUCGGUGUGCUUCAUGCUUAUCCUGUACCAGUACGUGGGGCCGGGGCUGAGCCUGGGUUCCCCCAGCGGCCGCUCCUACUCGGAGGAGCUGGACCUCUUUCCCACGCCGGACCCACACUACGUGAAGAAGUACUACUUCCCUGUGCGGGAGCUGGAGCGGGAGCUCGCCUUCGACAUGAAGGGUGAGGACGUUAUCGUCUUCUUGCAUAUCCAGAAGACCGGCGGUACCACCUUCGGCCGCCACCUGGUGCAGAACGUACGGCUGGAGGUGCCCUGCGACUGCCGGCCCGGGCAGAAGAAGUGCACCUGCUACCGCCCCAACCGCCGGGAGACCUGGCUCUUCUCCCGCUUCUCCACGGGCUGGAGCUGCGGGCUGCACGCCGACUGGACCGAGCUCACCAACUGCGUGCCCGGAGUGCUGGACCGCCGGGAGAGCGCCGCUGCCAAGACGCCCAGAAAAUUUUACUACAUCACACUGCUGAGAGAUCCCGUAUCUCGUUACCUCAGUGAAUGGCGUCACGUCCAACGAGGAGCUACUUGGAAGACCUCCUUGCACAUGUGUGAUGGCAGGACACCAACUCCUGAAGAGCUGCCAUCGUGCUAUGAAGGCACAGACUGGUCAGGCUGCACUCUGCAGGAGUUCAUGGAUUGCCCGUAUAAUUUGGCCAACAACCGCCAAGUGAGGAUGUUGGCUGACUUGAGUUUAGUGGGCUGCUACAACAUGUCUUUCAUCCCAGAGAACAAGCGAGCACAGAUCCUGCUGGAAAGCGCAAAAAAGAACCUCAAAGACAUGGCCUUCUUCGGCCUGACAGAGUUCCAGAGAAAGACUCAGUACCUGUUUGAGAGAACUUUUAAUCUGAAAUUCAUCCGGCCCUUUAUGCAGUACAACAGUACCAGGGCAGGAGGGGUGGAGGUUGACAACGACACCAUCCGGAGGAUUGAGGAGCUCAAUGACUUGGACAUGCAGCUCUAUGACUAUGCAAAGGACCUCUUCCAGCAGCGCUACCAGUACAAACGGCAGCUAGAGAGGAUGGAGCAGAGGAUAAAGAAUCGGGAAGAGAGGCUUCUUCACCGGUCCAACGAAGCACUUCCCAAGGAAGAGACCGAAGAGCAAGGACGCUUGCCCACUGAGGACUACAUGAGCCAUAUUAUAGAGAAAUGGUAGCCUAGGCAGACUUUUAUAUUAACAGUACUCUAAGGUUUCCAUAGAAAAGAUCAUGGAAGUAAAAUUACAAAA